CCUUUUUCUUCCCUCCAAACGACGGCGUUUUUCGAAGCAAACGCCCUUCACCGUGAUUGGCGGCAACAGUAAACCGUUUACCGGCUGAGCCGGUCGUCCAUCUCCGGCCCUAGUUAAUGGGAACUCCCGAAUCCUGGCCCGUGUUUGUGCCCUCCACACGUCUCAGCACUGGGAUUCGCCGGCGCCGACAGGAAAAAUUUUUCCAGACAAACUGCUUAGAGAAAAGAAAGUGAUGGAUUUUCUCUUGAAGGCAAUGAAUGUAGAUUCAUCAGACUGCUCCUUUAAUGAGCAGGACAUUCAGAUAUGUCCAUUCUUGAGGAACAUAAAUAAGCCCACAAACUUUUCAUUCUCUUCAAAUAUCCCCAUUCCUGUGCAUGGUGCUAGAGGUCCAAUAUUUGAGGAUGGCCCAAAUUUUGAUAUGGCAUUCAAACUCUUUCAUGGGAAGGAUGGGGUAGUCCCUCUGUCUGGGAGGAGUUCUAAGCUUCCAAAGUGUAAUCUGGAAUCUGAGCCUGCACCCCAGUUUAACCCGUUAGCAGCAAAAACUGCCACCAUUAGCCUGUCUGCAUUUGGACCAGGAGGACCAUUCAGUUUUGAUUCCUUUUCAGAUAAAUGGAAGAAGCAGGGAAAGAAAUCCGAGUCAUCAAACCAGAGAAAACCCUCUUCUCAGGGUGGAGAUUCAUCAAAACACAAGGCAUUGGGGAAUGAGUGGCUGGCGUCAGGUAACUGCCCGAUUGCCAAGUCUUACAGAGCUGUGAGCAAUGUUCUCCCUCUGGUUGCAUCGGCAUUUCGGCCACCACCUGGUGUGAACUUUAGAUGCCCACCUGCAGUGGUUGCUGCCAGGGCAGCCCUUGCCCGCACAGCCCUUUGUAAAAACCUGCGGCCUCAGCCACUUCCCGCUAAGAUGCUUGCGAUUGCAAUCUUGGGGAUGGCAGCUAACGUGCCCUUGGGCAUGUGGAGAGAGCACACUUCCAAAUUCUCAUUAUCAUGGUUUGCAGCUGUGCAUGCAGCCGUUCCCUUCAUUGCCAUGCUUAGGAAAUCUGUUUUGAUGCCCAAGACAGCUAUGGCUCUUACAAUUGCAGCCUCUGUCCUAGGGCAGACCAUUGGCUCCAGGGCUGAGCGGCUCAGGCUGAAGGCAAUCACCACUCAAAGGGAAAGGGAAAUGAAAACAGUGCCAACCGCAACAGCUGGAAGUGUGAUUGCAGGAUACAUUUCAGGGCAGGUUGAGGGCAUUACAGGCAGUAAUUGUGGCACAGAAGAAGGAAUCAUUUGGGACCGCCCACUACCCACCAAGGCUGCUAGCCGCACUUCUGCACCGGCUAAUGUGUGCUUCUAAAAUGCGUCUAAAAUGCAAUUUCGGUGGGUGUGUUUGGAAAAUAAUAGUAGAAAAUAUAUGCAGCCAGGUUUGAUGGCAAAAGGAGGUGAGAACCUCUUUGAGUAAUAUACUGUAUGAACUGUUUAUUUAUGCCCUUUGUAUGAACUGUUAAUCAGCCUGUGCAAUGACUCCGGAGGUCAUGAAGGAAUAUAUUUCCUAUCUUGAGAAGUAAA